AGGUUGGCUCUGGCUCUGGCACGGGUCCGGGAGAACGGAGGCAGCAUUGAUCAGAGUGGCAGCAUGGCUUCGUCUCACGGGAGAAGCGACCAGCGGUUCGCAGACUGGAUGUCAAGUUUACCGCAGAGCAUGCACACAAUCCCGCUCACCAACCUGUCCAUUCCCGGUUCCCAUGAUUCCUUCAGUUUCUACAUCGACGAGGCGUCUCCAGUUGGCCCAGAGCAGCCUGAGACGGUGCAGAACUUUGUGUCUGUUUUUGGCACGGUGGCCAAGAAGCUGAUGAGGAAGUGGUUAGCCACGCAGACGAUGAACUUCAACAGCCAACUGGAGGCUGGGAUCCGCUUCUUUGACCUGCGCAUCUCAACCAAGCCCCGCGACCCCGACAACGAGCUGUUCUUCGCCCACGGGCUCUUCAGUGCCACAGUCAGAGAAGGUCUUGAGCAGAUCAGUAGUUUCCUGUCGGCUCACGCCCGAGAGGUCGUGUUCCUGGACUUCAACCACUUCUAUGGCGUGCAGAACCUGCACCAUGAAAAACUGGUGGCCAUGCUGAGAGAGGUGUUCGGAGAGAAACUCUGCCCAGUUGUCUUUGCUCAGGAGGUGACUCUGCAGUAUCUGUGGGAGAAGGAGUUUCAGGUACUGGUCUUCUAUCACCAUCCCAUGGCCCUGGAGGUGCCUUUCCUGUGGCCCGGCCAGAUGAUGCCAUCUCCCUGGGCCAACACCACAGACCCUGAGAAGCUGAUUCAGUUUCUCCAGACUUCUGUCACGGACCGCAGGAGGAAGGGAACGUUCUUUGUCUCCCAGGUGGUUUUGACACCGAAGGCCAGCACUGUGAUGAAAGGUGUGGCCAGUGGACUGAGGGAGACAAUCACAGAAAGGGCUUUACCCGCCAUGAUGCAGUGGGUAAGAUCGCAGCGGCCCGGGGAGAACGGCAUCAACAUCAUCACCGCUGACUUUGUGGAGCUCGGAGAAUUCAUCAGCGCCGUCAUCACCCUCAACUAUCACCUGGAUGAAGAUGACGAUGAUGCCACCUGAGAGCCUGCAGGGGGUGUCAGAGAGCACAGUCGCCACCGCCACUGCUGCCAGUGUCUGGGUCUGUGUUCUCUUUUCACUUUGGCAUUUAUUCGAGGAGGGGGGCUUCACUGCGCCUUUCACUUUAUUUAGGGCUACGGUGAAUUGUGAGAUGAAAUGGGAGAGGGAGCAGGACAAGUCAGAAUGAAUAGAAACAGCACUAGUGUUUGGUUUGGGCACAAAGAGAACGAGGUUCCGCUUGGUUCCUGUUUUGGGGCUCCAUAUUUUUUUAAGUGAGACAUUGAUUUUCUUCAUUUCCUGUUCUUUAAAAAAGAUAUUUGCUUUCCCCACUGUUCCAAUGCAAUGUUUCAAGGUUUCUCAAGAGAGCAUUUUAUCCCCCCUGGUCAAUGUAUUGGUACAUCAUUCUUAAUAUUCCAGUGACAGUUUUUGGUUUUUUUUCCCCCCCUACAGUUGUUUAGAAUUAGUUUCUGUAACUCAACUCAAUAGGUUGGUGUAAAUAGCUAGCAGUGUCAAAAAUAAGUUUUUAUUUUCUGAAAAAAAAAAAAAAAACCCACUGGAGUUGAAUUUGAAAACACAUUUAGCAGUUUUUCUUCUAGUAAGUGUCAGUCAGCUUGUUCAUACUGGUCUGCCAAAGCAAAAGACUUUCAUCACGUGAUUAUGAUUGUUAUUAAUGCAUUCAGUGUUACUGGUCCCUUUCAGAAAUGCUUUUAUUAAGAAAUACACUCCCAGAGUUAACAGAUUAACUGCAACAUUUCAGUAGAUUAUUAUCCUUGUUGGCUAACGUAACUCUAACUCUAACUCUAACCAACCGUGUUGUUGGCCGGACAUUAGUUGAGCAGUAAAGUGUUAAAAAGAAGAAAAUAUCACUGAAAUGUUCCAAAUGCUUUGUAAACUCUGGUAAUAAACAAAAACAAUAUGUAACUGGAUACAAGGCUGUAUCCACUGUGUGACUCCUCUGCCCCUGUAUACGUCUGUAUUUACUGCUGUAGUGCAGCGUACUGUGUGUGUCAUCACAAGACCUAUCACAGCGCUAUGUCUUGUAUAAAUAGGUGUUAGAGUUGCUGAGCACCCACUCGGCCUCCCAUUACUUCAAGUCAGAAAAAAGGUUAACCAUCGACCGUCAGCAAGUUCACAGUCCGUGGGUGUUGAUGUGACACUGGUAAUUUGACACUUGGAAAAUAAUACAAUAAAUGUUUAGUUGAGGUCUAGCUGUAGCUCUUUGGUGUCUAUUUAAUUAGGUGUUUCAUGUUUCUCAAUCCCUGGAUUUCUUCUCUUUCAAUACUGGUGCAAUACAUUACACUACAUCUUUUAAUUGAUAUUAUGUACAUUCUUUUUUUUUCUUUUCUUCUUUUUUUUACCCUGCAAUGUCUUGCUGAUUGAUGAUGGAACAGCAUUUUGAAAUUGAAAUUGAGUGAGAAAUACAGUGGAAAUAUUUUUAUUGCAAGGUUUUUACACAUUAUGCAUGAUAUAAAAAAAAAAUGAUAUUUGCAUAGUUGUCAAUCAUCCACCUGCCUCAUGCUAAGCGUGGCUUCUUCUGCAGAGAAUGUAUUCUGUAAGGAUAUCAUUGUCACGUUGGGUAAUGGCGAACCAAAUACUGGGAACGCGACUGUUUGGAUUCGUGAAUGUAUGCGUCUUGUGAGUAACUGUGCCAUUCCUAUUACUGGUCUCAUGUGAUUGAGUGACUUGAGUAUAAGCAGGAAAAAUCAUGUCCGAAUCAUAUGCUUCAAUGUGAAAAUGGGCUCAGGCAGUAUAGUCUGCUUUGACUUCAGUGUGGUUUUAUGUUCAAAUGUUUUAUAUUGUGGAAAGUUUGUACAUACUGUACUUGCAAAUAGUAUACUGCAGAAAUGUUGUAAAUGAUGACGAUUAUCGUGACGAUUCAGUGACAUCAAUUUCUUAACCCCAAGGCGUGACUCGGCUUUCACAUUUAUUUGGUAACAAGGGUUCAUGAGCUGUUUAUAUUAGCGUUGUUAUUUUAUUCAUAUCGUUUUUUUAGACCAUAGUUUUUACCCGUUAAAACAAAUCUCCCAAAUACAUUUUUCUUUUUUUCUUUUUUUUAAAUGGACAGACUGGGAAAAGGCUUGCAAAUCGUGUUGUAAGGGCAUCUGUGUCUUCCCUGGUUUUAAACUGUUGUUGUCGCUUUUAUGUUCUGGUGUGAGAAGAGUCCCUUGCUGUUGUAAAGCUCAAAAAACACUUGUUCCAAUGAAAGUGACCCUGUUUUAAGUGGAAAAUGACCAAUCAAAAUAAAGCUUCUAUGCGUA